UCACUAGGAGGAUGGUGUGAGUGCAGCAGCCUCUGUCUCUCUGUCUCUGUCUCUCCUCCUUCCUCUCUCCCUGUCUCUCCUUGUCUCUGUCUGUCUCUGUCUCUCCUUGUCUCUGUCUGUCUCUCCCUGUCUCUGUCUCUCCCUGUCUCUCUCUGGCUGUCUCCCUCCCUCUCUCCCGGGUCUCUGUGCCGAAUGGUGUGCAGGGCUCCCCGGGCAGGGGAUGUGAUCUGCCCGGGCUCAGUCACCCAGCGGCCGGCGCGAUGAUCAGGAUCUUCCCGGACUUCAGUGUGCAGGUGACGGCGGCUCCGGGGUCUGGCGGGGCUCCUCCCGAGCCAGGGGCUGCCAGGAGCGGGGGGACCAACGGGAGCCACCCGCACAAUGUCCCCGGGGUCAGCUCCUACCAGCAGCGGGGAGCCUCCAGGCCCAUCAGCGCAUGUCCCGUCCCCUGUCCUCCAGACCUCAACCUAAGUUUACAAGCCCUGCGGAAGGAGAAGUCCAGGGACGCAGCUCGUUCCCGACGUGGGAAGGAGAACUUCGAGUUUUACGAGCUGGCCAAACUGCUUCCACUCCCUGCCGCCAUCACCAGUCAGCUGGACAAGGCGUCCAUUAUCCGGCUCACCAUAAGCUACCUGAAGAUGAGAGACUUUGCCAAUCAAGGAGAUCCACCAUGGAACCUACGCAUAGAAGGCCCUCCCCCCAAUACGUCUGUCAAAGUUAUAGGGUCCCAAAGGAGGAGAAGUCCCAGCUCUUUGGCAAUUGACGUCUUUGAAUCUCAUCUCGGGAGCCACAUUCUGCAGUCUCUGGACGGAUUUGUAUUUGCACUAAACCAAGAAGGGAAAUUUUUGUACAUUUCGGAGACUGUGUCCAUCUACCUUGGCUUGUCUCAGGUGGAGCUGACUGGAAGCAGCAUAUUUGAUUAUGUUCACCCGGGGGACCAUGUGGAGAUGGCAGAGCAGCUUGGCAUGAAGCUUCCUCCAGGCCGCGGGCUCCUUUCUCAGAGUGCCAAUGAUGAUGGAGCCAGUUCAGCAUCUUCAUCCUCACAGUCAGAGACUCCAGAGCCUGUGGAGUCUGCCAGCCCCGGGAUUCUCCCUCAGGAUAACUCUCUGGAACGGUCUUUCUUCAUGCGGAUGAAAUCCACACUAACCAAGAGAGGUGUGCACAUCAAAUCCUCGGGUUACAAGGUGAUCCACGUCACUGGUCGGCUGCGUCUCCGGGUGUCUCUGUCUCACGGACGCUCUUCUGCGGGGCAAGUGAUGGGCCUGGUAGUUGUGGCUCAUGCCCUCCCUCCCCCAACAAUCAAUGAAGUACGAAUCGACUGCCACAUGUUUGUAACGCGAGUCAAUAUGGACCUCAAUAUUAUAUACUGUGAAAAUAGGAUCAGUGAUUACAUGGACCUCAAUGCUGUGGAUUUGAUGGGUAAAAGAUGCUAUCACUUCAUUCAUGCUGAGGAUGUGGAAGGCAUCAGACACAGCCACCUAGAUUUGCUGAACAAGGGCCAGUGUGUUACCAAGUAUUACCGAUGGAUGCAGAAAAACGGAGGCUAUAUCUGGGUGCAAUCCUGUGCCACCAUCGCAAUCAAUGCCAAGAAUGCCAACGAGCGCAACAUAAUCUGGGUCAACUAUAUCCUCAGUUUGCUGGAAUAUAAGGAUGUUCCAAUGGAUAUCGCUCAGCUUCCUCACCUGCCUGAAAAGGCUUCAGAAUCAUCGGAGACAUCGGAUUCCGAUUCCGACUUAAAGGAUAAUUCAGAAGACAAUGAGAACCCAAAGUCGGAUGGGAAGGGAAAUCUGUCUGAACAAAGUGAGGAUCAAGAACCAGACCAUAAGCAGUCCGGGGCACACUCUGACCCAGAUAUGAACUGUGAUGAAGAAGCCAACAGUUCAAGUGAUGCCUGCAGUGAGGAAAGUGAAGAGAGUGAGGACUGUGAGGUUAGGAAGGCAGAAGAGGAGAUGGAACAAGGAGGUCUGGCAUCUUUGGGAGGAAUUGGUGCACUGGGAACAUUGGGCCCUAUGCAUAUUAAAGUAGAGCGCUACACAGAAAGUGAAACAGACAUGCGUGGACCCGAGUCCCUCAGCUCUGACAGUGCCAGAGAUUCUCAAACCGGUGAGGAAGAGGACGAGGAAGAAGAUCGAGGGGUCCGUGUUACUGGUAUUCUAAGUAGGCAUCAACGAAGGAAAAGGAGGAGAAAGGGAGUAGGACCAUAUGGAGGAAGGAGAAGACGUCUGUCUGGAGGCUCAAGUCCAGGAGGUAUAGAGAGUUCAUUGGGAGACCCCCCUAGACUGCUCCCUUCAACCCCACCGCCUACAGGAAGCUGCUCCUCUUCUUCUGUUUUAAAGAUCAAGACAGAAAUGUCUGAACCUAUCAACUUUGAUAAUGACAGCAGUAUUUGGAACUUCCCUCCCAACCGGGAGAUCUCUCGUAAUGAGUCCCCUUAUAGUAUGACCAAGCCUCCUGCAGGCGGCGAGCAUUUCUCUCCCUCCCCAUCCUCCUCUGCAGCUGCACCCCCAGCUCUUCAUGUUUCUAUACCAGACUCUGUCCUCACGCCCCCAGGUGGGGCUGAGGGAGUUGGGCGCAGCAAAGGGCAAUUCUCUGCAUCAUCUGGUGUUUUGGCUUCUGUCAACUCCGAUCCUCUAUCUCCUCCACUGUCUGCCUCCCCUCGUGAUAAACCGCCUCAAACAGGUGGCCCAUCUAACUCACUGCUAUAUGCAGGGGAGCUAGAAGCACUACAGAGGCUUCAGGCGGGCAAUGUGGUCCUGCCUUUAGUGCAUCGUGUGGCUGGGACACUGGCAGCAACGGGAAGCAGUGGGCAAAGGGUGUACACAACAGGCACCAUUCGAUAUGCUCCUGCUGAGGUAACACUGGCAAUGCAGGGUAACCUGCUUCCAAAUGCCCACCCAGUGAACUUUGUAGAUGUGAAUGGCCCAAGUUUUGGACUGGACCCCAAAACCCCAAUGGAGAUGCUGUACCACCAUGUGCACAGGCUAAACAUGUCUGGCCCAUUUGGAGGAGCCGUGACGGGUGCCGGCCUUACCCAGGUGCCAGCUGCUAGCGUCUUUACUACAGCAGAGGGAAUCUUCUCCUCUAUCCCCUUCCCUGUGUACAGCAAUGGCAUCCACGCAGCACAGACUCUAGAACGUAAAGAGGACUGAAGGAAUAAAAGGUAAUAAUGAAUGAGAGACAGAGAGGAGGAGGAGAGAUAAAGGACAUACUUCAGAAAGAGAAGAAAGACAUUAUUAGGGAACGUAAAAUACUGAUGGCUAUGUUCUGGUGUUGGGGUGGCUAAAUCUGCCCCUUCAUAUCUCCUCCUCUGCUGUCUAAUCCAAAGCCGUGAAGGGAAAUGGUUAUUGUCUCUGAAUUUGAUGUUAUUCUUCCCCAAAUUGUUCUGGGACCAGUAGCCCCGUCUUCCGCACCGUGUACUAACAGCAGGGCUUCACAAGCGCUUUGUUCCCCCAUUUUCCCACUUCCUGCGGCUUUGGUUUAGUUGGCAGAUGCCUCUCCUGGGGACCGCCCGCACUGUGCCCGCUGCUCUACCACUUUGCUGAGGGGCAGCGGCUGCAUUCUGAUCCUUUACAACAUAAAAUAAUCCAGCACUUUGACUCACACCUAGAAUUUACUCCCUGCCCCUAGAAAAAAAUGAGCCUCCCCACCACCACUUGACAACAGUCUGCCAAAGUGUACUGGGAAAUAAUUUUUCUCCCCUUUGUAUCCCCUUUACCCCACAUGACUUUGGGUCCAUUUUCUCUCUGCUGUUGAACUUUAGAUUAAAUAUCCAGUUAAGUGCCAGGGGAUAAUGUGACUUAUGACACUGUAGAAGACAGAGUGUUAUCACUCAUACAAUUUAUGGAAACAUGACCGUGUGGACAUAAACAGGUAAACUGAGCUUCGUAUGAAUUCUAGAUCAGGUACUCUCUAAAACACAAACUGCCCCAGGGAUCACACACACAUAUAUACUGAAAAUUCAGAGCAGUUGCCAGGUUUAUAUUCAUUGCAAAACGUCUCCGUUGACUGUACAUUGGGCUGUACAUCACUGGUACUAACUUAUACCAUCAUCGCCAACUGUAAAUGCUCUAUUUUUUCUAUUUACAUAGAUAUAUAGAUGGUAUUGUUUCUUCUGCAGGUUCGUGUUGGUGACUAAUAACUAUAUAUUAGUGCAAAAUGAAAGGGCUGACAUUAGCAAAUAUAUACAAAUUUCCUCAUAAACAGGGGCCCCAGUACACGUGUUACUUUUAGGGGGGCGUGCCAUACAUAUAGGUAUUCAUAAAAUACUAGUUGAAAGCUGCUUAACAAAUUGGAUGUUACUUUCAGGCAUCAUCCUUAUAGUCACCACGAUUACACCUAGUGGGUGCCACGUGGACCACUGGGCAGGAGAAUUAAAAGAGAACAUUUGAUGAGAUCACGUACAGACAACAAACCUAUUGAGCAGACACCUCUCUAGAGAUUUCCCUAUAAAACACCAUAUGCACACCAACAGUCCAUUGUUUGCUUCAAGUAACUUCGUGGCAGGGAAGACAGUCAUUCAGACGUCGUGUUAGUGUAUCUUCAACAUCAAGCUUCAAAGAUGAAGGAACCCCUUUCUCAGCCUGCAGUUUGUAUAAAGAGGCACAUAUCUGUAGGUAACAUACUCGAGGGCAACCCGUAUUGACCACAUUACCCACAGCUGCUCUGGGCAACACUGCAAGUUCUCUACAUUUUAAGCAGAUUUGUGUUAGGUCCCAAUGAAUAUCUUACGCUCAGCUUGGGGGCAAUACAAUAGAUUGUUCUAUCAAACCUAAGAUGUUUUCAGUGCUGUUAGGAAUGAACACAUCAAGGCUUGAGGAUAUGAAGGAUUCCUAACCAUUUUAUUUCCUGAAAGAAUUAGACUGGCCCUAACAUGUCCUUUCAAUGUGACUGUACAGUCAGUGAUUUGAGGAUUGGUUAAACAGGAUUUUAGGAAGGCUAUGAAGUCAGCAAUUAUGGGAGUUAGGGGAAGAGGAGCCAACAGCUGGAGGGAGAGACAGGUAGUACUUGGAAGAGGGGAAAUAAACCGCUAGUGAGAGGUGUCAUGGAUGGAGUUUUAAAAGGAGGAGUAAGAAACAGCAGUUAAAAGUUGUAGGUACAGGCUUUGUUUACUGAAUACUGUUUAGGGAGGAUUUGGGAAGGAGGUGCAUUGUUUAGGUUAUAGACGGUUACAUGGAGGGAGGUUUAAAUCGGUCUGCAGUGUUCUAACCUGUUCAGAUCCCAUUUUUAAAUUUGCUAGUUAUGUUACAACAUAAAAGGUACUGUAGAAUUGCCUGAUAAAACUUGGACCACAACUAUCGUUCAUGCAGAGAGGCCUGCAAAACAUUCCAGCCAAUCUAAUGACAUUUUGGAAUUUAAACUCCCCACUUCCUUUGCUCUCCAAAACAGGAGGGUGGAAGGCAUGAGUAGGUAACAUAGGAACAUACAGGGGUGGGGGGAGGCUUAAAGUUUCCACUUGCACAGAACACUUUACUGACCUCUCAUGUCUCAGUGUUAUAUGUUGCGUGUCCUUGCCCAACGCUGUGUAUCUGUUCUACUUCAAGUAGCAAAUAGUUUUCAAAAAACACAAUUAGUGCAAAUCAUGACUUUGCCUAGGUUUUCCCUAUUUCUGUAGAUUCUCUACUGUUUGUCGAAUGCACUUUCCCUUUAAAUCCACAACUAAACUGCUAAUAAAUAGAAUAGUUUUUUUAUCUAAUGCUUCUUUUGAAUAUCCCUUAAAAAAAAAAAAAUUGGUUGUGGUGGGGUAUGGGGAUAACAGGAAAUAUUUAAACUGAAUGCGAGGAUAAAACAAAAAAUUAGAUAUAUUCUUAUUCUUUUGGUUACCAGAAAUCAGAAGGGGAAAAAAAAGUCUGAAUGAUUCAGAAACCAAAAUUUUGACUUUUCUAGGAGUAAUGGUUUUUAUUUCCUUGUCCCAGUCUGUUUGGCAGCUUAUCCGUGAUACAUCUAAUACCAGGUGUGAGACUUUGUAAUGUGUUGCUUCGUGUAUAAAAAAGAAACGAAAAAAAUAUGUUAAAAAACAAAUGGUUUAGAGAAAAAAAAAGAACCAUUUCUGAGUGUCUUUCUAGCUGUCUCAUUCCAGUUUCAACGUGUGUUACAAUAUGCAGUAUAUUCUAAGCUAAUGUGAGUGUUUUUAUCUGUUGUCUCUCUCUGUGCUUUUAAAGCUGUAGUCUGUCUGUCACGUUUUUACUCCCUGUGUGUCAGUGAAUCGGUGGGUACAUGGGGACUCGUGGAUGUUUGUAUAGUGGCGAUGCUGCUUUCACUGUUAGUACACCCUAUGGGUAAAAUUUGCUCUUUCUUUGUUAUAAUUUUGCUAUCGCUUUACUGUUGUGAAAUUUCAGUAAUCUGUCCUACUAACUGUUCUGUAUUUUUUACUUCUGUUCUAUGUCUGUCUUUUCCACACCAACCAACAAGGUAUAAUUUGAAAGUAAAAAAAAAAGAAAGAAAGAAAAUGAAUAAUAAAGAAUUUGGCCACCUGCGCUCAUUGUUUGAGGGAUGGAAGGGAAUUAAUUCCCUGUAUUUCCCCUUCAGGAUCCAUUCUUAAUCUGCCCUUUUCCUCCCUGCAUUUGUCUUUACCCUUUCUGAAAAACCUAAAGUUGGUGCCCUUGAGUAUACGCUUGAUAUUUAUUUUGGUCAAUAAGGUCGUUGACACUAUUGUGUUGCAAGAGCACCACUGUCUGAUUGAUAACUGUAGGUGUACCUAGGAGUUUUUUUUUUUAAAUAAAUUGACAACUUAAUUUGCAUGGCGCUUUAGAUUAUAAAGACUGGCAUACCUAAUGGUUUAACACAGUUUUUAUCUCAAACUGAAUUAUUUACAUUUCCUCUAAAAUGUCCUAUUGGAGACCAUCUGAUAAGACAGUGGCCAGUUAUUGCACCGCUGCCGUUACAUCAUUCUGAAACUUGCGCCAUGUUACUUGAGGUUGUAGUAAAACAAAAUAUGAAUAUAAAAUAUGGUUUCAUAUAACACAUACCUCUGGCAGAAGAUACAAAGUCAUCAGAUAGUUUUAGUUAAAUUGGGGUAAUUUGGUAAAUAUUAUGGUCACCAUUACCUCCUAUUUAAAAAAAAUGGAGCUACAAACUAAUAGGAUUUCGGCCUGCCUGUCAUUCCCUAAAUUCACAAUGUAUUCUCCCUACGGGCAUGCUUCAGAAUCGUCAUUCAAUUUGGGUGCCUUAAUGGGGUAAUAGCCUAGUAUGGACAUGCCCAGUGACCAUUACCUCCCCUACUGAACAAUCUUUCCUGAGAUUCUAUUACUUCGUUCCAAAACCCAUAGCAGAUCUGCCCUCAAUAUUCUUUAUUUCUACCUCCUGUUUUUCGAUAGAGGGCUUUUUGUUAUGCUGCAAGUCUUAAAACCUCUUCUGCCAGUGGCAGUGUGUUCCUGCACUAUUACUUUAAAAGGGAAUAAAAUCAUUAUUGACCUUUAAUCUCUGUCAGAAGAUAUAACAUAAUCUUAAAACGGAAGCUUAAUGUUUUCGGCGCUAAACUGUGGCAAGAUGAUGUCACUUCAUCACUUUUUGUGCAGGCAGGUGGCUACAAAACACUGAAAUCUAAUUUAAAAGGUUUACGUUUUACCCUUUGUCUUCCAUCAUUGUUAUUUCGUUUAUUCGUUCUCUAUUUUAGUUUUUUGUUUUGUUUGUUUUUUUUUAGUAAGUGUUUGUGUUGUGUCAAAAGAUUAAAAAUUAAUAAUAUUAUUAAUAAUAAAACUAUUGCAGAUUUCUGGUUAUUUCAAUUGAGCGAGUUUAACAGCUGCUUUCGAAAUAAAUUGUCUGACAACUUACAAAAAUGACAACAAAAAAGUCAUUUUUAUUUGUGACGACUGUGUCUGUGUUUUUAACUAUUUCUUGUAAAUUAAUAUGAAACGUUUGAGGUUGGUGCCACUUUGGUAAUAUAUACACAAGAUAAAGAACAAAGGGUUGAUAGGAGAUAGACAGAAUUGUACCUGAAAACCCAGCCGUGUUACCAACUUAAACGUUUAAAAAAAAUAUAUAUAUAUAUUAAAACGUUAAAAAUGCGAAAAUUAUGGGUAAGUUUUAUUGUUUUAAAGACUAACUCAGUUUUAACUUGACGUGCCUCAUCUGUUGUAAAGAAAAAAAAAAACAUAAUUUUUCCAUUAACCAUCAAAUUAAUAAGGUACAGAAAAAAAAACCUGAAAAUAAGCAAAAAAAUAAAAAAAAUCUGUACAUAAUUUCAUUUUUUUUAAAACAAGGUUCUUUUUUAUACUUUUCUAGGCCUGCUUACACACCAUACAUGCUGUCUUUUAUGUAAAUUAAUUUUUUGAUUCAUCCGGCAGGUACCAUUUUCAUAAUAAACUUUACAUUUUGGAUUUGUU